AUGAAACUAGACCCAAAGGUAUACCAAGAAGCUACAAGGGCGGCAAAAACCCCUCAUUUCAAAUAUUUGAUGUUGGGACUGGUAUGUGCAGCAACACUUCCCACAAGUGUAUACAUGCAACGAAAUCCACCAGUGAAAACCAUUGAUAAGAGGAAGAGCCCUAAAGGAUUGAAUUCUAUGGACUCAGAACUGGACGAUUUUGAAUCGUUCCCUACUUUUUCAUCCAUAUUAUGA